AUGAUUUCAAAUACUUUCAAAAUUCGAUGUCCCCUACCGUUGAAAAGAAUAUCAUCAACAAGCAUACGGACAUAUCGUGUUAUGGCCAUAGAAUCGUCGUGUGAUGAUUCUUGUGUUGCCUUACUCGAAAAAUCUCAUCCCAAGACUCCACCAAAAAUUAUAGAUCAAUUUAAACGGACACUACAUUCCGCUGAUAUAGGUGGUAUAUUACCCACGGCAGCAUAUAAUUAUCAUAUGGCAACUAUUGCCAACAUGGUUCAAGAAUUUUGCCAUAAGCAUCAAAUUUCAGCAUUAAACCCACCUGAUUUACUUUGUGUUACCAGAGGUCCAGGAAUGGCAGGAUCCCUAAGUACUUCAACUGAAUUUGCCAAAGGGUUAUCUGUUGCAUGGGAUGUUCCCUUAGUUGGAGUGCAUCAUAUGUUGGGUCAUUUGUUAACUGCAAAUUUACCAAAUCUGGAACAACCCAAGUUACCACCCCCAAACUAUCCAUUUUUGAGUUUGUUAUGUAGUGGUGGACACACUAUGCUUGUAUUACUGAAAUCAUUAACUGAACAUGAGAUUAUUGUAAAUGUGGGAGAUAUCGCCGUGGGUGACUCAUUGGAUAAAUGUGCUCGAGAAUUAGGAAUGUAUGGAAACAUGUUAGGUAAAGAAUUGGAAAAAUAUAUAAAUUCCAUACCUGAAGAAACUAGAAAUCAAUAUGAAAAAUUGAGUGUGAAUACUAGAAUUGCUAAUCCAUAUAAUUUUAGAUUAACUCUUCCUUAUUCAGCACCCAAAUAUGGUAUUCCAGGAGAUGUGAAAUUUGCAUUCUCUCAUUUCUUAAGUAACAUUCAAGAAUAUAAAGCAAUGCAUUAUAACAAAAAUAGGGGUGAAGGUGAAAGUGAGGGCGAGGGUGAGAUAGAUUUGACAUUAGAUGAAGAAACUAAACAAUUUAUUGCAUAUAAAACACAAGAAUUUAUAUUUGAUCAUAUUGUUGAUAGAAUAAAUAUUGCAUUCAAAAAACAUGGCAUUAAAAAUAGAAAUAGUGAUGGUACUUUUAUUGGGGUUAAAGAUUUUAUUUGUUCUGGGGGAGUUGCAGCAAAUAAUCGACUUCGACAGAAAUUACGGGAAAAGCUAGAUUUUCAAGAGAUUGGUACCGACAAUGUUAAUGUGAAUUUUCAUUUCCCAGAUUUAUCACUUUGUACAGAUAAUGCGAUAAUGAUUGGAGCUGCUGGCAUAGAAAUAUUUGAAAAAUUACGUUUAAGAACAGAUCUUAGUUUUCUACCUAUAAGAAAAUGGCCAUUGAACAAAUUAUUAGACGUUGAUGGGUGGGUUAAAGUAGAAGAAGAAGAAUUUAAUAGAAUUUGUAAAUAUUAA